GGCCCUCUAUUCAUUCUCCCCUGCAGCUACAACUCUGUCCUCUCGCUAACACGGCGGCUUGCGCUGCUGCUCCCCUCGCUUCGUGCCGAUUGUCAUUACGGCUGUUUGACGACACUCUCCCCAGACAAAUCAGCGCCCGCACCUUCCUCGCCACGCCGCCGCCGUUUUCGUCAACCCACUCGUUUCACUCCAAAUCAAGGCCAGCGCCGCGCGCCUUGCUUCCUCAGCCCAACACGUCAUUUCCCUGACCAUUUAGCCGCCCCUGUGCCUGUAUACUUACUCCAGCACCUGCCAAGCAACACACCUGGAGCAACAUACCAUCCAUCUCGACUCGUAACCGCCUGGGCCGCCCGUUUUCUGCAUUCCGCCUUGCUGCAUUGUUCUCGCUUUCGACAAAUUGGGAGCCAUGGAGCGAGUCCGACCACAACCCGCGCCCCAUGCACCGGCUCGCCGCAUGUCGGUAUUUGCAGAGGUUGGGCUGAUGGAUGAGAGCAAAAUUCAAGAAGAGCGCAGUCCGGUGCGCGCACAUGGCGAGGCAUUGCGCAAGUUGCGGCCUGCCAAGGUGUUGAGGUUCCGAAGCCACAACAGCAUCUUUGACGAAAGAGGAGAAAAAUUAAGCGACGAUGAGGAUGAAUGGGAGUCGGUAUAUGACGAAGACGAAACAAACGACUCGCUGCCGUCCAUGACGACCUCUGCUACGCAAACCUUUAUUCCCACAAAGAUCUAUCGCCUGGGACUGCUGAGUCUGUUGCUGGCUCUGAUGCUGCCAAUCAUGCAGCUCAACCCGCUCAAACGCGUUGGUGUAAUAGGUGGCAUGAUCCCAGCCAACUCGAUUGAAGCCAGCCCUGAGAACUCGGUUCUCGUCAGACGCGAGGAUAGUCCUACCGACGCAUGUAGGCGAUGGAGUGGUCAGAGCGCAGUCGUGAACGGUACACUGUACAUGUACGGCUUCCGCAGGACUACCGAGGCUCAGCAGACGCAAAACACGUGGAAUAACGACUUCCUCACUCUCGACCUUACUCAGUCCUGGCAGAUUAGUUCGCCCGCUCUUACUGGUCUUCCCAAGCCCGUCGGCCCGCCUGCUGUGUCGCUUGGCCAGCUUUGGGCAUCUCCUGACUCGCUAUGGCUUUAUGGCGGUCAGUUUUCAGACAGUCCCAUCGUCAAAGCAGGAAACAAUUCGGUUUGGGAAUACAACAUUGGAAGUAAACAGUGGAUCGAACAUCCAGACCCGAAGACUUCUUCUGGAACUGAAUCGGAGAGCGGUGGACAGUCGGUACAGCGCGUUGCUGAGGGUGCUGGUUUGACUGUGAGCACGCUGGGCAGAGGCUUCUACUUUGCUGGCCACCUGGAUUUUCUCACGACUGAAAACUGGAGCAACCAAAUUGCAAGAGUCUACUUGAAGAGCUUGUUGGAAUUCACCUUUCCUGGCCGCACCAACGACAAUGUUGAAUCUUUGGGCAACGGAAAAACGGCUGGCUCGGACGGUGUGUACCGCAACAUCACCUACGGUGGACUCCAAAAUACAGCCUCGUUUCCUCAGCGCGCGGAUAGUGCUCUCGUGUACGUCCCUGGCUUUGGCAAGGAAGGCUUGUUGAUUGGUCUCACCGGUGGUGACAAUGCUACUUUUACGCAAAUGAACACCAUCGACGUCUACGACAUCGCGACAUCGACAUGGUACAAGCAGAGCACUGCAGGCAACACGCCUGAAUACCGCGUUAAUCCCUGUACUGUUGUUGCAGCCGCUGCCGACGGCUCGUCUUACAACAUCUACAUGUUCGCCGGUCAGGACCUAACACCAGCCGGCAACCAGACGCAGCGAAACGAUAUGUGGAUUCUGUCUGUCCCGUCUUUCACUUGGAUCGAAGUUGACCAGGGUACCGCAAAGGCGAGUAUUCCUCCUCCCCGUGCCGGACAUCUUUGCCAGGCUUGGGACGCACAAAUGAUUGUUCUGGGCGGCUACAAUACCGACCUCGGCUGCGACACGCCCGGCAUCUACGUCUUCAACAUGAGCAGUCUCAGCUGGAGCAACCAGUUCACCGCCGUGACAGCAAAGAACGCGCUGCAGAGAUACAACAAGGAUGACAAGGGCAGCACCGGUAACCCACUCGCCCAGCAGAUCAACCAACGAGGAUACGGCGUCGACGCCGGUGUACAAGGUUCAUACGGCUACGCAGUCCCUGAGCCCGUACGCAAAGUCAUCGGAGGUGGACCGACCGGCGGCGCAACGCUGACUGCACCUCAACAAACAGCCACACAAGGCCCCCUCGCAACCGGCAAACCGCAAACCUACACCGUGACCGGCCCGGACGGCGCAACCAUCACCAACGUACUCUACGGAAACCCUUCUGGAGGUAAUGACGGCCCCAACAUUGGUGCCAUUAUUGCAGGCGUCAUUGCCGGCGUCUUCUUUGUUAUAGCCGCCUACUUUGCCUUUUGCGCCUGGAUCUACCGCCGCCAAGUCAAAAUCUGGAAGGAACACGCCGCCGUGCAGCAAAAACGCGCCAACGCCGCUGCCGAGAAAAACGGCACAUAUGCCUCUUCGUCGGGAAAACUGAGUUCGGAACGCACACCUGGCACAGUCGGUGGAAGCAGCCAGGGUGGCCCAAGCGGCGGCUCGUUUGACAUUGCGAGGGAAAACGGCACCACGGCGUAUGGCGGACCAGGCGAAACGUGGGGCCGAAGAAAUAGCGAGGGCAGCGUUGUCGAUAGUCUGUUGAACGGACAGGAGCCGUGUUUCUGGGGCGCAAAAGGUGUGCUGCUGAAUCCGAGGAGAAGUCUGAGGGUUAUCAAUCGGGAUUAACGGGGAUUGCAAGGGUGAUACGACGUGGAUUUGUCCAUCUCUCUCCUUGUACUUACUCUCCCCCCCCCUUUUUUUCCCUCUCUCUCUCUCUCUU